AUGGGAGUGGUUUCCAUGAAGAAUUCAAGUAUCGGAAACACACCGGAUAUGCGUCGACACUAUUUGAUUUGGGCUCGCGGUUGUCAGUCAUCAACUAAUUUAGUAAAAAGGCUACACAUUAGAGGGGCGGAAGACGAGAGACUAACUAUUGCUUUAUUCGGUAAUAAAUUACCAAAGAAAUGCAAUUCAAAGCAGAGUCGACGACAAAAAUACCAGUUCUACAAUGAAAAGAAUAAACUUAGGAAAAACGACUACUGGAAGCAGCCCGAAACACUCAUUGGCGUCAAAAACUUCUUCAAGUUUAUCAAACUAGAUGUAGCAAAAGAAUUGGAAUCAGGACUCCUGCUAUUCAGGAUAAAACUGGGACCAAUGCUAGCCGGAAAUGGUUAUAUGGAUAAUAUUUGCAAAGCAAGCGCUGCAUUAGUAAACUCAGCCGUAUCAUGCGUGCCAAACGCAACGACCCAUGAAGGCAUCGACCACUUCUGGAAGUUAAAACUGUUGGGUAUCCAGGACCAGUCGAAUGAAAACGAUGAUGAGCAAGCCCCUGAGCAAUUUAAGAAGACUAUAACGAAGCAAGACGGGAGAUAG